AUGGAAUUCUGGAACCGCAGAUUGCUACUACAGAACGAGGACGUUCCACUCUCCAUGCCACCUCUCUCUCACACUCACACCAAACAUGCCACAAAUGCAUCAUCAUCAUCCUCGCCGCCACAAUCUUCAUCAUUCCAAUUCCAAAGCCCUCUGCAAGUGUCGAUUCGUCCCGUUUUUUCUUCGAGCGUGGCCUACGUCUUCCUCAUCCUCUUCACCACCUUCUUCUUCAUCGGCUUCGUCUUCCUCUACUUCCGCCAGUUCGCCUCCGACGCGGCCACUUUCCGCCGCCGUCAUCCGCCACGCCGGGAGGAGGAGGAGGACGCCGCGGCGGCGGCGUCAGCGAAGAAGUGUCUGCCGGUGGUGGGGCACCGCGGGGGGUGCGCAGAGUGCGCGAUAUGUCUUGAGGAGCUGCGAGAGGGGGACGCGGUGAAGGUGAUUCCGUACUGCAAGCACGUGUUCCACCCGCACUGCAUUGACACGUGGCUCGAUAAGCAAGUCACGUGCCCCGUGUGCCGGUGCAGUGAGCUUUGUGGAGCGGCGCAACAGAGUGGAGAAGAGGUGGGGUCGGUGUCAGCGACAAGACAACAAGUAGAACAAGAAGAACAAGAAGUGGUUCCAAUUCCAAAUUUGGAUUAG